UGACAAUUUAACUUUACCAAGUGCCACAAUUUACAUUUUACAUUGACAAUUGACAUCUGACGUUCGUUUAACUAGUAUAACGUAUACCUACUUCUCUUUCUUUUCAACUGUUGUAAAUUCUUGACGAAAGCCGAAAAUAUGGCCACCUCCAAAAAGAAGACUAGGAAGUUAAGAGGGCAUGUCAGUCAUGGACAUGGUCGUAUCGGCAAACACCGUAAGCAUCCUGGUGGUCGCGGUAACGCUGGUGGUGAACAUCAUCACAGAAUUAACAUGGACAAGUACCACCCAGGUUACUAUGGAAAGCUUGGUAUGAGGAACUUUCACUUAAGAAGAAACAAAAUAUUCUGUCCUGUUUUAAAUUUGGACAAACUUUGGACACUUGUAUCUGAACAGUCCAGACUCAAGUAUGCUAAUGCCACAGAUGGAAAAGUUCCAGUGAUCAACAUUGUUAAAGCUGGUUACUACAAGCUUCUAGGCAAGGGCAAUCUUCCCAAGCAGCCAGUCAUAGUUAAGGCCAAGUUCUUUUCCAAGACUGCUGAAAAGAAGAUCAAAUCUGUUGGUGGAGUCUGUGUAUUGUCAGCGUAAUUUAAGUUUACAAUAAAUUCUAAGAAAAUGUA